AUGGCUUUGUGGCUUUGGCUUGAAGACCUCCACUCCCAAAGCAUCGUUGAUAAAAUGGUUGACUUUUCCGAUUCCGUUGUGGAUGCGUUGGCGAAUGAAGCUGUCUUGUGUUUGAAAUGGCUGGAGUCUAGAUCCUCCGCCGGCGCCGGCGAGGACGACAUGCCGUUGACGUCUGUGGUCACCGGGAGACCCAUGACGUCCCACGGCUUUUACCCUAACAAGUUCGCCGCCAUUAGUGGAAUCAAGGCAUUUCUUAACAAGGUUUGCGCCGUCGUGUUCGCUGAUAUCUUGCACCAGGUCAUGUCGUCGGGGAUAACUCUAUCCCUAUCCCAGCAGGUAACUCCAGACUCACCUAUCCCUAUCCCGGGAUUCCCCCACCCCAUAUUCGGCGCAAUCAACGUUAUCCCAAGAAGCCCGGAUUUUGCUAUCCCCAACGGCGGAUUCUGGGGUUGGUCCACGGCCACCGAGGCCCCGGUGGACGACCGGACUAUGUUCCUAACAUUUUCCAGAGGGUAUCCGGUGUCGGAGGAGGAAGUUAAGGAGUUGUUCAACUCUUACUACGGAGACUGUGUGGAGACGGUGAAAAUGGUGCCGCCGAUAAACGCGUCGGAACAAUCGCUUUAUGCCCGAUUGGUGGUUCGCUCAGUUUCCACCAUUGAUCAAGUGUUGAGUAGAGGGUCGAUCGCUAAAUUCCGUGUUAACGGAAAACAUGUUUGGGCUCGUAAGUAUGAACGCAGAGAUAUGUAUGUUGACAAAUAG